AUCGUUGGGUGCCGAGUUAAAUUCGUUUUAAUCGGAUCUUCGGAAGUGUUUACAUUACAUGUCAUGUGUAAAAUGUUUGUUGUGACCGCACGAUCGUAAAAUGUCCAACAGUCCAUCUACAAUAAAAUGACUUCCUUUGGCUGGAAACGGAAGGCAGGAGACAAUGUUUCCAAGUCAGCAGCCACUACAUUUCAAGAGGUCACAGGUCAGCAAGACCCUGACGGGGUAGAGAGUGAUGUUUCCUUGUCCCAUUGGGGGCAGGUUGCCAAGCAACGGAAGGUCAUCUUGUUGGAGGAUGCAAAAACCAAGAGCAAGAGACUUAAAGAUGAAGGAAGUAUCUUGGCUGAGGCAGAAAGGUAUUGGGAGGCAAUCACAAAAUGGGAUGAAGCUCUCCAACUUACCCCUGAUAGUGAAAACAUCUUAGAUAUGAAAGCACAGGCCUUACUUAUUCUUCAUGAGGUAUUCCCAGCAGUACAGACUGCUGUGUCAGCUGUCAAGUUAAACCCAAGAUGGUGGGCAGCUCAUCAAACACUUGGGAGAGCACAACUUGGACUUGGAGAAAUUAAAAUGGCAGUAUCAAGUUUUUCCAAGGCCAUUCACCUGAACCCAUGUGACAAUGAAUUGUGGGAAGAGGACUUGAAAUGGGCAUGUUCCUUACUCAGAGAAAAACAAAGGAUGAACUUAGACACAAAAGGAGAAGACAAUCUGGUCAGUGGUAGAUCCAGUCAGAAAACAAUUACCAGAGCAACAAGUGAAGAGGAUGAACAAACUGAAGAACAGUCAGAGGAAUGUGAGGCAGCUGUUCAAACGACGUGACAAAUCUUUAAUUGGAACAAGAACAAUUCAUGCACCAUUUUAAACCUAAGUUCCUUCAGAAGAGUAUUUUUCAGUGUACCACAACUGCUGCUGAGAGCACGGACUACAGGUAAUAAACUUCUUGGUGACCAGGUGGAGCCGUCUUGGUGACCUGGUCAUUCAUCUUAGGGACUAGGUCAGCCAACUUGGUGACCGAGUCAGCCAUCUUGGUGACCAGGUCAGCCAUCUUGGUGACCAGGUCAGCCAUCUUGGGGACUAGGUCAGCCAUCUUGGUGACCGGGUCAGCCAUCUUGGGGACUAGGUCAGCCAUCUUGGUGACCAGGUCAGCCAUCUUUUGACCAGGUCAGCCAUCUUGGUGACCAGGUCAGCCAUCUUGGGGACUAGGUCAGCCAUCUUGGUGACCGGGUCAGCUAUCUUGGUGACCAGGUGGAGCCGUCUUGGUGACCGGGUCAGCCAUCUUGGUGACCAGGUCAGCCAUCUUGGUGACCAGGUCAGCCAUCUUGGGGACUAGGUCAGCCAUCUUGGUGACCGGGUCAGCCAUCUUGGUGACCUGGUCAGCCUUGUGCCUCUGAUAUAUUAUUGGUUGUCUUGCAGUGCACCAUGACAAAUGUUCAUAGCUGUAGAACUGUAGCUAUAUCUGUACGACACAUCCAAUUUGAUAUUUAAAUUAGGCUCACCCGUAGGUCGAUUUGAUAAUUGAUGCACUGGCUGGUAUCAGAUUUUAGAGGCUGUCCACAAUAAUCUGCCAUUUUGAGUCUAUACUUGCACUGCUUAUAAAUAGGUUGCAUAUUGUUCCGUUUUUUAUUUUAUUUUAAUUUCCUUUAAAAUUGUGAGUUUGUUCUUUGUUGUGUUGUCAGCUUCUUUGCUGUGUUGUUUGAUUGUAUUAAAAUGUAUGUGAAUAAAGUUACACAUACACCCAGUCAUCACACACCA